GACCUUUGCCGGCAGUGUCAGUCGAUGUGCUUGGAUUGGGAGAGAGCUGGAGUCAGUUGAAAUCCAGCCUCGAUACCAUUCAGAUCGUUAGGCAGUUCAAAAUUCCAAAAAAAAUUAAAAAUAAAAAAAAAAAAAAAUUAAAAUUUAAAAUUUAAAAUUUAAAAUUUAAAAUUCAAAAUUUAAUAUUUAAAAUUUAAAAUUUCCAAAACAAAUUUGAAUUAGCACUAUGGUGUGGAACGGGCUUUCCUUCUGGGACGGUCAGCCGGUGACAUCGCCCGUCUAUCCUCAAAUAGGGGAUAUGAUGAAUCCCAAUGCCACCGGUUAUCAGCAGCAGCUUCCCCAGCCUAGCCAGCAUCAUCAUCAUCAGCAGCAGCAGCAUCAGCAUGAGCAUCACCAUCACCAUCACCAUCCUCAUCCUCAUCCUCAUUCUCAACCCCAUCCGAACCCGAGUUGUUACCAGCGGAUGGGCAUGGGCGACUUCCGUAUGAUGAGCUGCCCCAUGCCUAACUACUAUCCUCAGUUCCGGGAGCCCUGCUUAAACGAUGGAGAGGCCUUCUGUGCCUACAAUGGCAUUAGUCAGGGCUAUGGCGAAGGAUUACGACCUGGUGCUGAAUUUGGAACUCGAACUGGAGACCGGGGCGACUUUUGGUAGUUUUUCUUAAAUAUUAAGUGAUAUUCAGUUUCGGUUUAUUUUGAUAGUUUUGGGGUGUUAUUUGUGAAUUAUAAAUAGAUAGAAUCAGAAAAGUA